GCGCAGUGAUGGCGUCAGCGCCCUUUUAUUCCUAAAUAUAUGCAUUCUAGAGGGGAAGGAGUGUGUGUACGCCAUAAAAGCAGAAGCUGUUUAGGGAUCCAGGGCAGAAGAGAUGAUUACGUGCAAUCAUGAAUACCCGUCAUCCAACAGGCAUUACCAAGUACCCAGGAUAUGCCAGGCAUGGGUCUGGGUGUUGCUGCCUAAGCGAGUGGUCUAUCAGGGGUCUGGUCUCCACACAGCGGACAGCUUUCCAUCACACUAUCCCCAUGCCUAACACUCGGAGCUCAGUACAAGUCCAGCAAUCAACUACGUAAAGAUUCCUCCCGACCCCCGCCCUCCCCGCUGGAGCUGCCCGGCUGGGACGGGCAGGGACCCUGCAUGGAGACGGGAGGCCAGUAGGAGGCGCUGUGGAACCUCUUGGCGGCCUGGGCCCAACGCUCCCCUUUCCUGCACGAAUGGCGGCAGCCGGUUGUGGGGCUGGGCUCGGGACAUCCACAGGACUGGAGGCGGCGACGCUGCAGAAGCUGGCGCUUCGGCGGAAGAAGGUGCUGGGAACUGAGGAGAUGGAGCUGUACGAGCUUGCGCAGGCUGCUGGUGCCACCAUCGACCCCGAUGUGUUCAAGAUCCUGGUGGACUUGCUGAAUCUGAACGUGGCUCCCCUGGCCGUCUUCCAGAUACUGAAGUCCAUGUGUGCUGGGCAGCGGCUGGCGAGCGAUCCCCAGGACUCGGUAUCCAUGUCUCUGCCCACGUCAGAGACCCGAGGAAGAAACAGAGGUGGCCCCACUCUUGGCAGUGUGCCCAUAGUGGCAGAACGUGGAAGCCGUGAAGGACCCAUCCAGAGGAUGCCACGUCAGCCCAGUGCUACUAGGUUGCCCAAAGUGGCAGGACCUGGGAAAAGUAACUCUCGGAGCAGCACAUAGUCCAGAACAGAGGCUGCACUUGGCAUCACAGUUGAGGCACAUGCUGUCCACUCUGCACUUCCUUCAACCUUCCUGAGAAGCUGAGCAUCUCUCUCUGCCACUUCUGGAUACUAUUAAAGCACAGCGAUUUAGAGUGAA